GAGGCAACUUACCCCGGAGUCCAACAAGCCCCGUUUUCCCCUAAAGAAGAGUGUAUACUCACUGGGAGGCCAAAUGAAAGUUUACCAGUUGAUUUGAGCAAAACAAACUAAUCAAUACACAAAUAAUACAUAAAUUUGAGUACACUUCAUGUAAGUUAGUAUAUUUUCAUUCAGUAGUUUGGAUUCAUGGGUUUAUGUUUUGUUUCAGUAUAUUUUGCUCAAGGAAAGUGGGGGUCGCAUACUCUGUUGUCUGCAAAACAUCUUGACCUCAGCUGAAGUUGAUAAUUGAAUGUAAUGUCUAGAGUAAAUAAGAUACAAGGAAUGUAACACUGACAGGAUUUCAUGAGGCCUGGAUAUUUCUUGCAGCUGGUGUAGUAUGUAGGUCAUCUUUUUAGCGCAAGCUUGCACUUUAACUAUCUGGGGUAACUAGGUGAAGAGAGAAACCAAGGUCAUAGGCAAGAAAUCUAUUCAGUAACAGCUGGUUAUAAUAUACAGACCGCAGCCAAUAUGUCCAACAUUGCACCAGCAAACAUCUCAGAGGCUUAUCCAGAACUGUUUUGCACCAUACCACCCCCAGUCAAGGAGAAGAAACCUGGACAACUGAGUGACAAGCAAAUCAAGCAGUUCUUUGAAGAGGGUUAUGUAAUAGUGGAAGACUUCUUCAGCCCAGAGGAACUAGACCCUGUGAGAGAGGGUGUAAACAGUCUGGUAGAUGAAUUUGCCCAGAGACUGUAUGAUGCUGGGAAAAUAAGAAAGUUAUACAAAGACAGUGGUUUCUUUGAAAGAUUAACAAAGAUAGAAAAAGACUUUCCUGGGGCCAGUGUAGUGCUACAUAAAUCUGGGAAAAUGCCAAUGGCUUUCAAGAACUUGCUGUCUAAUGAGAGACUGUUGAAUGUUGUGGAACAAAUUAUUGGACCUGACAUCAUGGGGCACCCUGUAUGGAAUCUGCGCACCAAAACACCCAAGAAUGAACAGACUGUGGUUCCCUGGCACCAAGAUGCAGCAUAUAUGGACAAUGAUGCCCAUAAGAUUAUGAUUCCAACAGCCUGGAUACCACUGCUGGAUGCCAAUGAAAACAAUGGAUGUCUACAGUUGGUUAAGAAAGCCCACAGGUCUGGUCGUUUAGCCACCCACACCUGCUGUGCUGGACCAACCUGGUAUGUGAUGCUGGAAGAAGAAGAGAUGGUAAAAACCCUUGGAGCCAAUCUGGAAGAAGACAUCAUGACCUGUCCUAUUCCUUAUGGAGGCUUCCUCUUCUUUAAUAAUCUUUUACCUCACAGAAGCUUGAGCAACUACUCAAAUGUCAUUCGAUGGAGCCUGGACUUGCGAUGGUCUAAACCGACAGACCCAGUUGGAUUGUGGGGACUCAAAGAAGGGGUCCUUUUACGUUCUUCUAAAGACCCAAACCUAAAAGUUGACUGGGACGCUUUUACCAAGGUAGACAGGACUGCAUCACAGGAGAAAAUUCUUGGAAAGGAUGUUGAUGAGUUUGAUUCAACACUUUCCGGACCAUGGAUGAAAAAAUGGGAAAUUGUUCACCAUAACAAACACACAGAUGCAUAUUUUGCUGGAGCAGACAGCACAGUCAAUCCUUAGAGGCAGUCAAAUAAUGAACAAUAUGUUUCAGUGCCAGGAGUAUGCAAUACAAACUGAAUAACUGCAAAGUUAGUUUUCACACAAAGUAUUGUCAAUAAGUUGAACAUCCACUUGUUAAUUUGGACAAACAAAAAUCACUAUAAAACUUGACUUUGCUUGGUAAAAUUUAAUUGGGACUGACGUUUUAAUAAAUCAUGAUAUGAAAAGAAUUUUGUACUGUUGGAUGAAAUUGCCACCCUAUAUAUUAAGGUUCACUGCUGUCUCUACUGUACGUAUGUUCAUUCUCCACCCUACCUCUAUUCAAGCAGCCUUUGUGAUUGAUGCGUCUCUGGCCAAUAAAAAAUUAUUUGC